AUGAAUGAGGCAAUCCUCGGCACCCUUGUGACGGUGAAAGCAAAGUACCUCUUGAAUGCCAUUCAUUCUUUGAUGCUUGUGCCAGCCGGGCAUCCGGAUAGGGCGAAGAAGUUCGUGACAAUGGAAGAUUUGCACGCCUCUGAGGUUCGGGAUCUCCACACUCUCUUGGGUAAGAUGUGCAAGGAUGACUUCAAGGAAAGCUUCGCCUACAUCUUGGAUGUGGAGUCUCGAUUUUCCUUGAGGCGACCCGACAGCCCAGAUGUCGACACGUGGAGCUCCAUGUGGCAUCAAGUGCUGAAGAUGGGCGUCGUGCCCACCAAAAGGGUUGCUAGCAAGGAAGGCAUGUCAACUCAGGAUAUCCUGAAACUUCUUCCCCCAGCUGAGACGGUCGUGACCUCGACCUUCCAUUCUCCGGAGAAAGGCAAAGGCGGUGCCGAGCAGGGUGUGAAAGAGGAGAUAUCAGCUCCUACUGGGGGCGCCGAUGUCGAAGCGCAGGUGGAGGCAUCCACAACAACAGCCUAUUUCAAUGUCAUCUACACGCUGUCCAGUGCGAGGAGUGGUCCAGCCAAGGAGAAUGCAACGCACACGUUGGAUGUGUUGGCCCUGCAAGCAGCGGUGCAGCAACAAUUGCUGUUGUACGCAGGGUCCCAGUCGUCCUCGAAACUCCUGCGGGCCAUCUACACCGAUUCCAAGAGCGCAGCCAUCAUUGAUGCAGAGAUGCUGACGCCGGAGAUGAAGGGCACACGCUUGUUUGCAUUCGGGAAUGUGAGCACUGAGGAAGGACCCAAGUCCAUGGAGGUUGCAUCCGUGACGUUUGAUGACGAGCUUCAAGUGAAGUACUGGUUGUCCGCGGAAGGCUUUCAGAAAGUGACGUCCCUGUGCCCUUGCGCUGUCUUCAUGGUGAAGGCAGGACUAGAUGAGAAGAAGGCCAUGUUCGCCAGUGGAUUCCUCUCGAAGACGCUUGAGUGCAGUGAUGCGCAACCCAGCCGCAUCUUGCAGCUAAGAUUGCCAUGCACCUGA